GCUGUAUCUAUCAAUCACGCCUCUUUCGCCCCGCCCACAGUCCCCGGCUCUAAAUAAGAUCACGCGCACUGCGACUUUCUCCUGCAAUCGCCUGUUCUACUGUUCCGCAGUGACCACAGACCAAAAGUCAGCAUGAAUGGUGUAGUAGUGCAGAACUGGUCCUUUAAAUCAGGACAAACGCUGACUAUAACCGGAGUCCCCAGUCGCGACGCCACCAACUUUGCCAUUAACAUCGGGAACAGUCCAGACGAAAUCGCUCUGCACAUGAACCCUCGCUUCGACGCUCAUGGGGAUAACCGCACCGUGGUGUGUAACUCCUUACAUGGAGGUAGCUGGUGUGAGGAGCACCGUCCUGAUGGCUUUUCCUUCAAUCAAGAAGAGGAGUUUAAGAUGUGGAUCAAAUUCACCAAUGAGGAGUUUACAAUCACGCUCCCAGACCAGUCGGAGAUCCGCUUCCCAAACCGCCCCGGUGCUGAGAAGUACAGCUUCAUGAACUUCGAUGGUGAGGUGCGAAUCCACAGCAUCGAGAUCAAGUAGAAUGGAUUUCUGCAGUGCUGGAACAUGUCUGGCCACAUGCACCACUAAUUCACCCCAGUGUUCUUCUGCCUUACACGCCACCGCACCACUACACAACAAGCGCUUCGAGAACCCGUGAGAACACACACACCGAGAUCCUGAUCACUGAAUAAAACAACGAGCUUCAUGUUUACAGCAGAGCAGUUUUAACGUCAUUCCAAAAACCUCCUACAGCUUCAUUUUGUAGCUGAAAGCAGCUUAUACUUUGUUGUUUUGCUUUUUGUUUCAAUAAAAUAAAAAACGAUUUGAAUAAAA